AUGUUUUACCUUUACGAAGCAUGCACAUACAGGCAAAGUGUCUGGGUGCCCUAGUGUGAGGCAGAUUCCUCAGAUCAACGUGGGAAGCAGACUGUACAAGAGACUGGCUGAUGAGAUGGACCUCGUGGGUACUAAACGCUCACCUUUAAACCAUACAGGCAUGAGCCAGGCAUGGUAGGUAAGGCACACCUGAAAUCCCACUACUUAGGAGGAGGAGCAAGAGGCAGGAACACCAGGAGUUGCAAGCCAUCCUGAGCUAAACAGUGAAUUCCAGGCUAGCCUAGGCUACAUGAGACCUUGUCUCAAAAGAAGAAAAUUUAAAAAGAGGCAUAAAUAUGAAAGAAACUUUUUACCAAGUGAGAUGCCUGGGCAGGAGUGAAGCGGGUGAGAGUCUCAGAGGGAAAUGCCAAGGUACAGGAGCCCCACAGCCUGUUAGAGCCACCGGGGCCCGAGAAGCACAGUGUGGAGAGUACAUUCCCUCACAUUGUGUGUAGGACACCCUGCAGACUUGAGGCAGCUGGGCAGAUAGGCCCACGAAACACACUCAUCAACACAAUGCCAGCUACCACCACAAACACAAAGAACGAAGAGCGGGACCCAGUCACACUACUGUGGGAUGCAGAUGGCCUGCCUCUCAGCGAUAGUGGAGCCUGAAGAUAAACAUUUACCCAUCACGUGACCCAAGAAGCCUACGCGGAGAUUUCCUCUAGAGAAAAGAAAACUCAUUAUCACACAAAACACCAAACACAAACAACAGUGACAACAGCUUUAUUCAUAUCUGUAGUAAACAGGGGACAGUCAAAAUACCCACCGGUCACUGGAUGGAUACACUGUGGUAAAUCAAUACAAUGGAAUAUUAUAGAGCCGAGAAGGAGAUAAACUUGGUAUGCAAUCACUGGUUGAAUCUUAAGGUUAGAAUAUCGUAAACCACAAAGAAUGGUUUAAAUGGAGGGGAGGAAAGGGGCGUGGGAGGGUGGCCGGUGGCUCUGUGGGUCCCGGGAGGCCGGCUCGCUCGCUCCUUCAGCGGUAGAAGCUUCAACUGGUUCCUGCGGGUCCUUUGCUGUCCCUGGCUUUGACACUCCUUUCUGUAGGCAGGAGCUCUCGAAGAAGCCUCUUACUAAAGCUCACACACACCCCUUCCCUGGUGCCGUUCACCCGCAGUCAUCCCACAGCCACAGCGCAGGAGGACUCAAUCUUGGUGCAUCCAUCCUACUAGGCUCAGGUUGGGUGCUGGGCUGUCUGGAUGCUCCCGAAGUGUCACUGCGCAGUCGAGACGCAGGUUUCCCAGCCUAUGUGGGCACACAGGCAGCGCACGGUGAAGUUUCACUUGCAGAGGGCCACAGUCCCUGCAUCUGUGGGACUUUUCUCCACAGCUCCCCUUCUCUGUUGAAAAGCCUGUGUUCUAGAAGAAUCUAUCUCCCUCUAGUUUUCCUCAUUGUCUCAUUCUCUGCAGACCUAUGCCAUGUUGAGACACUCAGAAUGGUCUCCCCCAGUGUUCAGGUACACUCCUCCACCAGGUGUAUAUAUCCAGCAGGCUUUACAACCCUACCCACCCACCUGGGCUGGAACUCCUGCUAUUCACUGCCUAGUGGAACAGCCUGGAGGAGGAGGCAUGUGGCGUGUGCACAAAGCCAGAUCCAGCAUGGCCAAGGCUCCACUCAGAGGACCAAGUACCACAGCACCCUCAGGCCCUAGCCAGCACCUUGUGGAGCUGUGACUCUCCUGUAAAUAAACAGAUUAACAAGGGCUUUCAAGACGCAGCUUAAAAUACCCAUGAGGAAGGAAGGUUCUAGAGGCUUCCGGCUGAAAACAUAACCUGUGUGGUAUAAAAGCUGACACCACAGUACAUAACAUACACACUCACACACUCACACACUUACAAGCUCCCAGCUCCCAGCCAACCCCGCCAUGGCCGCCUCCACCAUGUCUGUCUGCUCUGACGCCCGCACCAACUCCUCCUGGCAGGUGGAUGACUGCCCAGAGAGCUGCUGUGAGCCUACCUGCUGUGCCCCCAGCUGCUGCCAGUCCAGCUGCUGCCAGCCCAGCUGCUGUGUGCCCAGCUGCUGCCAGUCCAGCUGCUGCCAGCCCAGCUGUUGUGUGCCCAGCUGCUGCCAGCCCAGCUGCUGUGUGCCCAGCUGCUGUGUGCCCAGCUGCUGCCAGCCCAGUUGCUGUGCCCCAGCCUCCUGCCUGACCCUCAUCUGCACCCCAGUGAGCUGUGUGUCCAGCCCCUGCUGCCAAUCUGUCUGCUGCUCACCCUCAUGCUGCCAACAGUCUAGCUGCCAGCCAGCUUGCUGUACCUGCUCCCCCUGCCAGCCGUCCUGCUGUGUGACUCUUUGCUGCAAGCCUGUCUGCUGCACACCCAUCUGCUCUGGAUCCUCCUCAUGCUGCCAGCAGUCUAGCUGCCAGCCCUCAUGCUGUCAAUCCUCCUGCUGUGUGCCUGUCUGCUGCAAGCCUGUCUGCUGCACACCCAUCUGCUCUGGAUCCUCCUCAUGCUGCCAGCAGUCUAGCUGCCAGCCCUCAUGCUGUCAAUCUUCCUGCUGCAUGCCUGUCUGCUGCAAGCCUGUCUGCUGCAAGCCCUGCUCCAGCGUGUCCCUGCUCUGCCGCCCUGUGUGCAGACCUGCCUGCUGUGUGCCCACCUCCUCCUGCUGUGCCUCCUCCUGCCAGCCCAGCUGCUGCAAGCCCUGCUCCAGUGUGUCCCUGCUCUGCCGCCCUGCCUGCUCCCGCCAGGCCUGCUGUGGCCUCUCCUUGGGCCAGAAGUCCUGCUGCUGAUGGGCCUGUUCCUGGUGCCAGCUGGCUCAGGUCCCUCCCUGUGGCCCCUCUCAGCUCUCUCAGUCUGAUUCUGAUCUGGAAUAGACAGUCCUCCAGGAUGGAUCCCCAACCCAUUUUUUGUGGCUUGAUCUCUUCUCCUCCUUCCCAGGAGGCCUGCUGAUCCUCUGGGUCACUGUCCCUCCCCCUGUCCCUCUGCUCUGGGUACCUGCCCCUGACAUCAGCUUGUCAGAGAUCAUGACUUCAAUAAACUUUUAACCACCUG